UGCGCCAAAUGCCUUCUCGUCUUCUGUUCUCUGUGUCUCUGCUUCUCUUCUCAAUUUGGUAAACCACUUUGGUUUGCCCAAACAAAACGGAAUCACAAAGAUCAAACAACAAUUUGGAGAAGAAAAAUCAAAAAUCUCUUUUCUUGAUUCUCUAAAUUCUUCACCCAACUCCCUCUCCCUCCCUCUUCUAUCUCCCACAGACACAGAGACAGACAGACACAGAGACAGACAGAGAAACAUUAAAUUCUGGGCUGCUGCCAUUUUUGUUCUGACAAGAAAACAGUUUUUUUUUUUUUUUCGAUUUUUGAGUUGGAAAUGAAGAGGUCGGCUCCUUCUUCUUCUCCGGCUUCCUCUUCGUCGUCUUCCUCCUCUUGCAUUCAGUUGCCGGCGGCCGGGCAGCCGGAGCCCAGGCCGGCGAAGCGGUCCAGAGCGAAGAGAACUGCCAAUGCCGAUUCAACUCCGGCGAGGAGAAGCUCUGCUUACAGAGGCGUUACAAGGCACAGGUGGACCGGGAGAUAUGAAGCUCACCUAUGGGACAAGGCUACCUGGAAUAACAUUCAGAACAAGAAAGGAAGACAAAUUUACUUGGGGGCAUAUGAAAGUGAGGAGGCUGCUGCCAGAACGUAUGAUCUUGCUGCUCUUAAGUACUGGGGGGCCUCUGCUACACUUAACUUUCCGGUUGAGACAUAUGACAAAGAGAUAGAGGAAAUGCAACCGAUGUCUAAGGAGGAGUAUCUCGCUUCGCUGAGGAGGCAGAGCAGUGGCUUUUCUAGAGGCGUUUCUAAGUAUCGCGGUGUGGCGAGGCACCACCAUAAUGGUCGAUGGGAAGCCCGGAUUGGACGAGUCCUUGGGACUAAGUAUCUCUACUUGGGAACUUUCAGCACCCAAGAGGAAGCUGCAGAAGCAUAUGAUAUGGCAGCAAUUGAGUACAGAGGGCCUAAUGCAGUCACGAAUUUCGACAUUAGCCGUUAUGCAGACGUGCUGAACAAAAUCCGGGAGCGAGAGCAGGUGCAGCAGAUGGCGGGGGCUAAUCCCGAGUCGUCUGUGGAGGUUCAGUCGGGCGAGCAAUCUGAUCAGGAUCAAGAAAACGCGGGAGAAAAAGAGGAGCCAGCAGAAGAGGCGAACAAUCUGUCAAAGCCCGAAUUCCCAAAGAUGGAAGAAGAAGAAGUAGUGGUGGUGGAGCCACAGGUUCCGGAAAUCGAGUUUGCCCCUCCCCCACCCGUCGAGGCCUCGUCUGCAAUGCUGAUGAUGGACCCCGCUGACAGCGCCUGGAACGCGUACUUGGACCCCGGGUUCGAGCAGUUCUUGAACCCUUGUGAUGACAUCUUCAGCAUCUUCAACUCCCCCUUCGACGACGAUAUUGACUCCAUCUUCGGGGAGCAGCUCAUCGUAAACGAGUUCGCUCAGGAUGUCGUCGUUGCUGCCCCGGCUGCUGAUGCCAACAACGCGUUAGCCUCCUCGCCUUCUUCAACGGCUUCAGUGUCCAGUGGAGUUAGUGGAUUGCCAUCUGAAAUGCUGGCAAAUACUUGAGACAACUCCUCAUGUUUGUUUGUAGUUAACAGAAACAGUUAGUAGAAGCUUAGUGGCACCAAAACUGCCUUUCUUUCUAGUUUUAGAUAUCUAUCCAUAGAAAGACAUGUUUUUUUUUUUUUUUUGUUUCAUAAACUUGUGUAGUUCAGUUUUUCAUUAGCAACCUAAGCUGUGAGAUUGGCUUCA